GCAUGUAUUUGGAAUUCUGAGAUUGCUGGACACGGUUAGGUAUAAGAGCUCGCUGGACAGCCACGCUAAUGGUGUUUAUCUUGUCGCAUUUCUUCAACCUUAACCGUUUGGAUUGCAUGGUUUUACAGGUCACAUAUGGCUUCCCGGAUCUUCAGCCCGGGAGUUUAUUCUCGAGGUCGUUCUUGGUUCUUCGAGUAAGGGGAGACAAUCAGGUCCUUAGUAGACGUCAGAGAUGAUGCAGCAAUAUCAGUUGUCGAUAGAUAAUUUAGAUCUAUGGAAAAUGUAUUGAAACAGGGCCCGUCUACCUAGGCGUUGAAAUAGC